AUGAAUAUAAACCUUAACAAAAAUAAUAAAUCAUAUGAAGAAAAUUCAGAUAAUAAAAUAAAAGAAGUUAAUUAAAUAAUUAAUUUUAUUAAACAAUAAAUAGAUUAGGAUAAAAAAAAAGAGAAGAUUAAACUAAUAUUUUAACUGAAGAAAUUGAAAAUUAACUUAAUUAGUUUCAUGAUGUUUUAUUAGUAGAAAAAAAAAGAAGAGACAUAAAGCAAAAUGUAUAGAAUGAUUGAAGAUAUACAUGAAAAAAUUUAAGAAGAGCUUUAGACAGAAAGAUAAUAAAGAGAAAGUACAACUGAUUCUUUAAUUAAAUUAUUAGAAGAAACAUGUUAAAAAAUUGAUAAAGGUUUUAAAUGA